CAGGAAGUCAGGCAUUAGAUGAUAGAGGCUUGACGGGAUGCCUGUGUCAUGGGCACAGAGGGCGAGGCGAACGAGAAGACAAGCACAGAUGAAGAUGCAUCUCAGCCGGAAGCUGCCAGUAUCGCAGAUGUGUCCGUGGAGGUUUCCACAGUGGACCACACUCUGCAGAAGAUCUGCAGGAAGUACAGUAAGACCAGACGAAAGCCUAAAGGUCUCCAGAGGCUGUGGGCCCACCUGCUGAGCAUCCCCCACCUCGCUGUCAUCAUCACAGCCGUGGUGUUUGUGGUGGUGGUGAUCAUGUGGUCACUGCUGUGGGUCUUCAUUUUUCGCAGGGAAAGCAACAGUGGAGCGUAUUUUGCCGGGAUGUUCCGCGUUGCCAACGUUGAGUUUAUCCCUGAGUACCGCCAGGCAGAGUCCAAUGAGUUUGUGUCCAUGGCUAACAAAAUACAACACGUGGUGAGCAAUGUGUACAAGAUGUCUUCGGUGGCCCGACUCUACAAGCAAGCUGUCAUUUCAGACCUCAGUAACACCAACAAGGGCGGUGUGCUGGUGCAUUUCUGGAUGGUGUUUGUUGUCCCUCGACUAAAGAGCCCUGCAGUGUGUGAGGAGUGUGUGGGAGCCAUCUUUAGGGACUCAGUCCACACCAGCAUGAAGAACAGGUCCAAUGUAGGCUACCUGCUGGGCCUCCCAGUGGAUUUAGACUCCAUCCUCAUUAAUGUCGUUCAGCGAUCAGAUUACUCAUCAAAUGGAGCAAGCUCACAGUGUGUAGACAAGCUGCAUGCCAGCCUUCCUGGAGGGAGCGUCCCUUUAAACGUCUUCUCCUCAUGGGGGGGUGUGAACUGCCAUGUGAAGCUCACCUCAGUGCCCGGCUCUCUGAUCCGCCUCACCGUCACCUCGUUCCUCAUCGAGCCCAGCGACUGUGUGAGCGACGCUCUGACGGUGUACGACGCUCUGCUGCCCAUGAGAGGGCGCAUUCUGCACAGGCUGUGUGAGCCAGUGUCCAGUUCCUUCUCCAUGGUGUCUACCUCCAAUGUCAUGCUGCUGUCCUUCAGGAUGACCAAUGGCAACAAGAGCUUCAGAGGACACUUCGAGGCCAUCGCUGAAGAAAUGUGUAUGUCUCAAAUUGAGACCCACGUAAAGCCUCACAUCAGCGAUCAAAUCUACAGCCCCUUCCACCCCAGCCUCCUGCCCCCCCAGUGCUUCUGCUCCUGGAAGUUUCAGACCCCUAACAGUGCUUUAGGAGUUGCACUGCAGUUUCAGAACUAUGUAUUGACCCCAAAGAGCAUGAAGGGCUGUGAACAAGGCUGGUGGAAGGUCAAUGAAAUCAUUUUCUGCGGCAGCUACGUGGGACACAGCACGGUGUUUCGGAUCGCUGACCACAGCCCAGAGGUGGAGUUUCGCUGCAGCUCACGUAACUCUGCUCAGCCUUUUCAGGCGUCGCACAGCAGCUUCAACAUCAGCCAACCCUGUCCAGAGAGCCACUUCCUGUGCUCCACAGGACUGUGUGUGGAGAAGAGUCGACGCUGUGACGGCCUGGACGACUGCCAGGAUGAGAGUGACGAGGUCUUCUGCUCAAAGCCUACGAAGAACUGUGGGGGCAGCAGUCCUCUGCAUCCUCUGUUCGUAUGCAAUGGAGAGAUAGACUGCACCAAUGGAAUAGAUGAGAUGAACUGCACUCAGGAAACGACCUGCUCCGCGAUCAGGUAUCAGUGCAGCAGUGGCUCCUGCAUCCUGAAGAAGAACGCGAGGUGUGACGGUGUUCACGACUGUCAGGACCGCAGCGACGAGGCGGACUGCGCCUGUGGUCGUCCCUCCCUGGUGAAGAAGGUGGACUCCUCGACAGGUCGUAUCGUGGGGGGGGAUAACUCUGCUGAGGGAGAGUGGCCGUGGCAGGUCAGCCUCCACUUCUCUGGGAACCUGUACUGCGGGGCGUCUGUCCUCUCCUCUGAUUGGCUCAUCUCAGCUGCACACUGCUUCAGCAAGGAGAGGCUGUCUGACCCGCGGUUCUGGAGAGCCCACCUCGGCAUGCUGACUCAGGGCGGUGCCAAACACACGGCGGAGAUCCAGCGGAUCGUGGUGCACGAGUACUACAACGCGUACACGUUCGACUACGACAUCGCCCUGCUGCAGCUCAAGAAGCCGUGGCCGGCCUCCCUCCACCCGCUGGUGCAGCCGGUGUGCCUGCCCCCCCCCUCACACACCGUCACCGACAACCACCGCUGCCUCGUCACCGGCUGGGGGUACCGCUCUGAGGAGGACAGAGUGCUGCCCUCAGUGCUGCAGAAAGCGGAGGUGUCCCUCCUGAGCCAGACUGACUGUAAGAAGAGCUAUGGACCCGUGUCCCCCCGCAUGCUGUGUGCCGGGGUCCCCUCCGGAGAGAGGGACGCCUGCAGGGGGGAUUCAGGGGGUCCUCUGUCCUGCCAGGCGCCGGGCGGGGGUCGCUGGUUCCUCAUUGGCAUCGUCAGCUGGGGUGCGGGCUGUGGGAGACCGGGCCUACCGGGGGUCUACACCAGGGUCAACAAGUUCACCUCCUGGAUCUACAGUGAACGGGAGGCGGUGAAAGCCCACUGCAUCCGAGCCGCUCAGGGAGAGGGGGAGUUGAAGGAGCCCAUCCAGCCACUGAGCCCCCCCACGAAGCCUGAGGAUCGGGCGGAGGAGAAGGUGGAGGGGGGGAAAGCUCCAGCCUCCUGGAGGAGAUGGAUGUUCGGCGUCCUGCCUUUAUUUCCCCUCGCUGCUGCCAUUGCACUGACUCUCCACUUCCUAACAUCUCCACCUUCCUCAGUGUUCUUCCUCGGGGGCAGCGUGGAGUUCCCAAACCUGAGCUUCACCUCGGAGCUGACGGACUCCUCCUCCCCUCAGUUCCGCCUGCAGGCUCAGGCUUUGAACCACUAUCUUUGUCCUCCUCCUACCUUCAGUGUUUUGUCACCACUUUCCUCUCCUCUGCCCCUCUCUCUGGUGGUGUUAAAUGUAAAGCUGAAACUGGAGCUGGGCACAGUCAGUGUGCGAGUUCCCCGGACCCCCAGAGACCCGAGCCUUUCAGGGCCGAGGACAAGCCCGGCGUUUUUUUCAGAACUCUACGAGUCCUCGCCGUGUAGCUCUUACUACGUGAACUCAGGAAUUACUGCCUUCAGUGAAGGAGAUGAAGGACUGAAUGUCUUCUACUGGAGUAAGUUCUCCGCCCCGGACGAUGUUGCCGUGGAGAUCCGGAGGUCGGGUCCAGAGAGGUUUCAGCGCCGGCUCCCCGGCAGAAACAAGGUGCAGCAGGACAGCCGCAACGAGCAGCGCUACUACAUGGAGCAGGACGACGACAUGCUCCACCUGCUGGCGAUGUCCUUUGACCUCUACGCCAAAUACGGCAACAACCGCACCCUGAGCCUGGUGAAUCCCAAGAAGCCGUACUACCAGUGGCGUCUCCGCGUGCCCUCGGGUCACGUGGUCCGCCUGGUGGUCCUCACGCUGCACGGUGCCACGCCGGGGAGCUGCACCGCCCACAAGCUCUCCGCCUACGACUUCCUACUGCCAUUACAGAACAAGAUAAUCGCAAGGUGGUGUGGGCUUCCUAUUUCCCGUUCGUCUCCCGUCAUGAAGCUGACGUCCUCUGGGAACGUGAUGUUGGUCACCUUCUCCUUCAGCAGGCAGAGGGACGGAGCCAUCUUCAAAGCUUACUUCCAAGCCAUCCCAAAAGCAGGCUGUGGAGGGUCCAUUUCCUCCUGGAACGGCUCCAUUUCCUCCCCAUACUACCCCUCCUAUUACCCCCCUAACAUAGACUGCGCCUGGACUCUACGGACGCCGUUGCCAGGAUACCUGAUCUCCAUGACGAUCGUGAUGAUGGACAUUCAGGACGCCUCGUCUGAUGGAUGUGAGAAAGACUGGCUGGCCAUCGGAGGGGUCAAGCUGUGUAACCCAGUGUCGGACAGCAGCAGGAAGCGAGUGUACUCCUCUCCCAUCUCCCUCCACUUCCAUUCAGAUGAGUCUCUCACUCACAAGGGCUUCUACCUGCUCUACCGAGCCUUCUCUCCAGAGGGCACCUGUCCUCGGGAGUUUCGCUGUGGAGACGGACGCUGCGUCCCUCUGAGGAAGGUGUGUGACAGAGUGAAGGACUGCUCAGACGGACGAGACGAGGCUAAAUGCUCAUCCUGCAGGCCAGGUGAAGUGCAGUGUGGGAACGGCCAGUGUAAGCCUCAGAGCAGCCAGUGUGUGAUUCAGAGCAGCAACUGUGCAGACAGCAGCGAGGAGGGCGGCUGUGGAGGUAAAUGUUACCACGUGUGCCCCAACAAGGUCUGUCUGCAGAAGUCUUCUGUGUGUAACGGUGUUGUUGACUGCAAAGACCGCAGCGAUGAGCUCAACUGUACCAGAGCAUACUUUAAAGGCUGCUCCUCCUCCUCGUACAAAUGUUCCAAUGGGAAGUGUGUGAGUAAGGUUAACCCCGAGUGUGACGGAGUAAAAGACUGCUUUGACGGCUCUGAUGAAAUGCGCUGUGGCUGUGGCACCAGGCCCAGGAAGAGGACUAAGAUCGUGGGGGGCUCUGAUGCCGGGGCGGGGUCCUGGCCGUGGCAGGUCAGCCUCCAGAUGGAUCGAUACGGUCACGUCUGUGGAGCCACGCUGGUGGCUAACCGCUGGCUCAUCUCUGCAGCUCACUGCUUCCAGGACUCAGACGCCAUAAAAUACUCAGACGCCCGUGCGUGGCGGGCCUACCUGGGGAUGCGUGUGAUGUCUGUAGGGAGCAGCGGCGCAGCCACCAGAACGAUCCGCCGCAUCCUGCUCCACCCGCAGUACGACCAGUUCACCUCCGACUACGACAUCGCCCUCUUGGAGCUCAGCGCCCCCGUCUUCUUCAACGACUUGGUGCAGCCCGUGUGUGUUCCUGCGUCCACACACAGCUUCACAACAGGCACCAACUGCUACGUCACAGGGUGGGGGGUGCUCAUGGAGGACGGUGAGCUGGCCUCUCGCUUGCAAGAGGCCCCGGUGAAGAUCGUCAACAGGAACACGUGUAACAAGCUGUACGACGACGCUGUCACUCCCAGGAUGCUUUGCGCUGGGAACCUGCACGGAGGGGUGGACGCCUGCCAGGGAGACUCAGGAGGCCCGUUGGUGUGUCUGGAGCGAGGCCGCCGCUGGUUCCUGGCGGGGAUCGUGAGCUGGGGCGAGGGCUGCGCGCGGCAGAACCGUCCCGGCGUCUACACCCAGGUGGUGAAGUUCACCGCCUGGAUCCACCAGCAGACUAAAGGACAGGUGUGACUGAACACCACACUGACAUGAAGAAUAAAACAAACAGUCUUAACACACAGGACAGAGGUCUCAGACCUGGAGUCCAUCUUCAGACGGUUGUCGUGAUUUCACGGCAACACAUUCAGUCCGUUUUUUGGGAGCGUGUCCAUGGCAACGGGCCAGCACGGGCCAUCCUCAAUGCUCAAACAACCAGCUUCCUCAAAAUUGACAUCGGCUAUGGCAAAAAUAGGUAACCUGUUUAUUUUUACUUGAUUAUGGGUCGUUAAACAUAAAUAAAUAAAAAACCCAACCACACUCUAUUAAAGUAUCCCAUACACAAUUUACAAGAUUCUUUAAUAUAAACUAACUGAUCUGUGGGUCAAUAUUUAAUUCUAAAGUCAGGCCAAAGUAUGAUAACUAGCCAGGUUAUCUUGUGCAUAUAAAUGUAGCUGAGUACUUCCUGUAUUGCCUGUCACAGCGAUGGUUCACUAUAGUGUCCAAUCAGGUGUUGCCAACAACAAUCACUGUGGAAAGAGUUCUCUCCGGACACACACAUGUAACCGUAUAUUUCUCAUCUGCAUUCGUCCAUGUACUGUAUAUGUGUGUUCAUGUUUGUGGUUAUUGUACUGUACUGUGUGUAUGUGCAUUUCAUGAGUUGAGUCGUAGCAUUAUGUCCAAUAUAUUCUGUAAUGGUAGAGAAGUGAAUAAUCCCUCAAUAGGAGGUGAUAAUAUAUUUUGCAUUUCAGUUUGAUUUAAUUUAUCUUUACGGUGCCUCCUUUAUACUUUAUGCUCCAUGAAGAGUGUGACGACUACUCCCCUUUAAACUCUGAUGCUGCCUUACGAUCAAUAUAAGAUCAUUUUAUACCAAUAUUUUCUACGCAGACGCACAUGCAUGUUCCUGUUCCUCCCAUCAGCAUACAUCACCACCCUGUGGCCAAUGCACACUAUUUUUUAUUUCAUGUCCUGAGGGAAUAAUGCAUUUUACACCCAAAGGAUGUAGGGUUUGAAUCAUUGAUAAGGAUACCAGAUAAUAUGCUUUUACAUUAAAGAAACCAUUUCCAAUGCAGCAGGU